GCCCACAGUCCUGCCAAUAAAAGCAAGGCUCAUCCCUGCUGCAGAGAACUCUAUUUCCAUACCCAGCAGCACAGCUGCCUCCUUCUCCUGUGACCUUCCAGCCAUGAAGUGUCUUUUCCUGUUUCUUGCCAUCCUUCUGGCCACAGAACCAGUGGUAUCAGGCAGACGUCACAUCCUUCGAUGCAUGGGUAACUUGGGAAUCUGUAGACCCUCUUGCAAAAAGGCUGAACAGCCCUACCUCAACUGCAGAAAUUAUCAGUCAUGCUGCCUCCAGUCCUACGUAAGGAUAGACAUUUAUGGCAAGGAGGGGAAAAACGAAUGGAGCCAAGAGAACCGCUGGCCAAAAAUAUCUUGAGUGCUAGUGAUCACCAUCCUCAACCUGCUGCCAAUACCCCUCAUUAAAAUUCAUGCACCUGCCAA